GCACACCACACACACACACACCGGAGCUACUUACUUUUUACUUGCGAAUGAAACUUAUCUCAAGAAAUGUUCGGAGCGUAAAAGCAAAGUUGGGCAGGAAACUCAACGAAAUUCCAUAACACGUUUCAAAGUCUAAAUCGUAUAAUACAUAUUCCAUCUUUAUUCCAAUUCCAAAGGACAAUAUUUGGAUAUACAUCGCCGAAAGGUCUCCUUGGACUCCGGGCUUCAUUAUUAACUUGGAUUUGUGAUCAACCUCCAACCAUGGGGAUUAGACGACAGUUCAUUGGCUUCACCGGAGCCGUACAGAUUCUUCUGACUCUUGUCAUGUUUUCCAUGGGUUCAACGCUCUCCGACCUGUCCGUGGUCCAGAAUGCCGUCCAAGGGUCCUCAGAGGACAGUAUCAACAGCAUGGCCAUUGGCGUUCCUCUCUGGGGCGGGAUCCUAAUUCUGAUGUGCGGAGCUGGAAACAUUGUCGAGGCUUUUACUGCUAGGUCAAGCCGGAAGCGAUCAAAUGACGUCCUACCGUGUUCGAUCGGAGCUCUGUGUGCCAACAUGGUCGCCUUCGUGGUCACUGGCAACAUCAUCGGUCUCUUCGCGUGGUCCAUCUACGAAGUCGCUUCGACGUUUGUCGUCGCUAUCUCUACCGUGCUCGUGUCAGCCAGUAUUAUCUUCAUCAUGUCUCUGUUGGCUAUGUUCGUGGAUUGCAUGACUGUGUGCCUUACUAGCGGACCUGCUCCACCAAGACCAUACAUUGUCGACUAUGAUCUGCCUCCAGCUCGCGGCGUCGGACAUGGCUACAAAGCAUGAUGGGAUACCAUAUGUCAUGACUACAAGGGAGCAAUGAACUUUGUGGUCUUGAACGCUUAACUUGGAGGUGGUUGCAAAUUGGCAACAGCACAUUACAGAUAACUCACAUCAAUGUGCAAAUCACAUAGUACUGUUUAAGGGGAAUCCCCCUGAAGGGAAUUGUAUGAAAGAAAUGAGAAAAAUCAAGUAAGUAGACAGUGAACGCUAAUGCGCCAAACAAUUUUUUUUUUAUAAAUACAAACAAAUGUUUUCACUUAAGCUGUGAGGAUCUGAGAUUGACCACAUAAUUCAUUUAAAUGUGUUAAGGUAUGGCAAGAAGAAUCUUCUCUUUCUCUCAAGUUUUAUUUAGAAAUUACAAGAUAUAAGCUAGGGUUUCAAUCACAACCAGAGGAAAAACUUGCUUUGGAUGCGGGAACCACAUGUCCUGAAAGAGGAAGUGCAUAAAAAACCUAAAAAGUUGUCCUUCCUAAUUGUCAAUAUCUACUUAUCAAGUUACUGCUUUGACAUUUAGAUUUAUUCCGGUGUUGAUUUCAUUAUUUCAAAUAGCAAUAUCUUUCUUCUUUUACAUUUCACCAAACUAUUCCAAUAUUUCUCCCUUUUUUUAACAAAAAAAAACUUUAUUACCAAAUUUAGAUUCCCUUUUAAGAAUUAAAUAUCCCAAAAUAACUCUAUGGAGCAAGUUACCUAUCUGAUUAACAAGAAACUAGCGAUAAUCGACUGAGGAUAUAUGAAGUAAUCUUCGAAAUAGUCAUCUAUAAUAAUAUGUUUUUACUUUUACUUCGUCAAAAGGGGCGCUGUUUAUUUCAACAUCCACAUGCCUUUGGCAGUUGUCACCCGCAUCAUAUAUAUGCAAAAA